AUGUUCUCUCCAGCAGCUGGACCGUUCCAGCAGAGACAUCCGAAAGCGAGCGCCUCACAAACACCCUUCCAGCGCCUAAAGCCAGUAUGCGUCGAACUGCUCUCCCUCACAGGCCGCAGCACGGCUCCGGCACAGUCUCAGCAGGUGCUAGCGUGCCUUCGGCGACUCAAGACCGCCCUGCGCACCAUUCUUUCCGACGAUAGCGCUUCAUAUAGCGACCUGGCGGAGCCACUGGCAUCGUCAUCAAAGCUCGUCGCUGCUGACUGGGAGCCAAGCCUCCCGGCCUCUUUGGUCAACUACGUCUUCUACCCGCUCUCGGAACUCAUCAGCACAGCACCGAGGGGGAUCACGAGCUUGGCAGAUUCGGUGGCAGAGGCGGUGCUCGAGGUGUUGGCGCUUUUGUGUAGUCAGUGGUGGAUGGCUUGGUCGGCUCAAGCGGCUGACGGUUCGUCACAGUCGGGAAACAACGGUUGGCAGGUGUGGUGCGAUCUUGUAAUUCUGUCCAGUUCGAUCCUUGGCUCUCCGGUGAGCAGAGAUGCAGACCAGCCGGGAAACACCCUGAAUGCCAGUGACGAGGUCAAGCUCGCAGCGCUGCGGGUGCUCGGAGAGCUGCUCGUCCCGCGCUUCAAGGCUCUGCCAUGGGCAAGCAGUACCGGAGGCGUUGCGGGAAAGGCGAGCGAAGCGGAAUGGGAGUGGGACGGUGUGUCGGACCUUCCUCUCUUGGACGACGAGGAAGAAGUUACAAAGACAUCGCACGGGCAAGGUUUGACGACAAAGGACGAAGCGCCACCGGAAGGAAUCGUCACUCUCGCCUAUCCCACCCCAGCACACCUCACUUACGCUGCAACCGACAGAGUCACAAAGGGUGCAAUCAGCUUUGUCCUCUCUUCUUGCUUCGCCAUCGCAGAGUCGUCUCAAGAAUCCGUCGAGACACGAUCAGCUGCCAUAAGCGUAGCUAGUCAUGCCCUUUUGCUCUGGAUCGGCGGAACGUGCCCCUAUCCUCCGGCGGCCACUCAGCAGCACGCAGCGAAAGCAGUCAAGUUCGAGAUCCCUGCCUUGCAUUACGUCGAACUUUCUACAGUCUCAUAUCCGAGCUCGGGUUCGAGCGAAGGAACCGCGCAACUGGCUGUAGCACAUCGCCUGCGUCCACUUUUGCCAGGUCUCACGUCUUCCCUCACACGUCUCGCCACGAGUCGCGUCAAGGCAAAGCAAGGUUCCAAGCCAAAGCCGACACCGAGAUCUGUGGCUGCGAGGGCCAUUGACCUUCUUGGAGGUCUUUUCAGGGCUACGCUCUCGGAUGAGUGUCUUGGCGAUGUGCUUUCUCAAAAGGUUCCUCUGACGCCUUCUCGAACAACACGGGCCAAACUGUCGAUCAAGGUGACCAAUUUGGAGGACUUUGCGGAUGCCGACAUCGACAGAGAUUCGGGUUCAGCCGGCAUUGACGCUCCUGACGAGGAUGAGUCUGUGGACGACAUUUCGAGCGAGCCCGCAGCAAGCAAAGAUGCACAGUGGGCCUUGUCGACGCUGGCACAAGUCCAUUUAGCUCUAAAAACGUUUUCCUCGCUCACACAGUCUUCGCUUCCGGGCACAUCCUUGCCUUCGUCGGUUGACGCCUCCGUUCAGAAGGCCAUACUGCGCCUUGCUGCGGCGCUUCUGUCCGAAUGCGUGUGCUCGUUCGACUGGCUUGACCGGCAGCUGGAAAGCAUGGCUGCGCUCAACAUCAAAGACACAGAUUCGGACAGCUCGCACUCUUCAAGCAUUACCACACUGCUCUGUUGCAUCGUUGACCUUGCGUCAGAGUUCAACUCCGAGACGGUUGCUCAGAACGCACGAGCUGCAUUUGGUGCUGUUCGAAAGAGAGCUGUGGAACGUAAGCAGGCCGGGGAGGAUGCGGAGGUGCUUGCACAGCUCAGCAGCGGUGCUGUGCUGUGGUCGGUGCUGAUGCAGGCUCUGAGCGGUCUCCCUGUGACAAUUGCGGCGCACAACGACGAGGGCACGUCCAGGCUCGCUUUGCGCGUCGGCACUGUUCUUGAACUUCUUCAGCAGAAGCACGCCGCAGCCAUGGCCGGGGGAAGUGCCCUAGUUGGCCUCGCAAACUUGUCCCGUGACAUGCAGCACACCUGUGUGCAACUGCUGCGUCCGCUCAAAAUCGAGCGACUCGACUACGUCGAAGAGUCAGAUCCCUUGGCAGCCUCUACCACAUGGCGACUGCAACCGAUCUUCUCCGGCCUCGAGGCAAGCACGUCGACCCAACUCGGCCUUAUGUUUUUCCAAAUCGGGCGCUCGCUAGCUCUGUCCCUCAUCCAAGAGCUUAAGCUCAGCCACAGCAAGUCGGCCACCAAACCGGACGCGAGCCAAGUAUUCGCAUUGAUCACAUUCCUCGUCGACAGAGCUGCGAGCCUGAGGUCCGUUCGCCUCGCUUCAGACGCGAACCAGCAGGGCACGCUGAGCCGCAGCGAAAGCUUGACGUCGCUCGUCGUGGCGGCGGAUUUGCUGCGGGGGGUUUGCAGCUGUCUGGACAACCUUGAGGUUGGCUUGCAGUUUGCUGAUCUGGGAGGCGCGAGAGGUCUGCAGGCGGGUAAGCUGGCUCGAAAGGCUGCGCACAAGCUAAGCAAGAGGGUUUUCGCUGCUGUCAUGGACAUGCUCGAUGGCGAUGCGGAGGAAGCAACUCGGUCGGAGAUCAGUUCUGGUCGCUUGGGCAGACAAGAUUCGACUGAGCAAGUCGAUACCGCCAGCACCGCUGAGGGCGCAGUCAGCUCGCUGGACAGCCCCGAUCACACGCUGGUAGAGCACGUCAAAGGUAUAUCGCUCGCAUCAGACGACAUCGACUCGUCCACCCCUGACCGACACGGGCCAGCGCUCGAUCUGGGUUUUGUUCGCGCUGCGGACCUCUCCAGAGCUCCACGUGGCGGUCCAAGCAACACAGCAACGCUACUGGCGAUCCAGCAUCGAUAUCAACAAGCGGAGCGUCAUAUCGACCUGUCCAACGCCCUUUUGUUCGCGUUGCUCAGCUCGUCAUCGAAACUGCUCGGCCAGUCGUUCCGCACUUUGCUUCUACGCGGAUCGUAUCCGCUCAUCAGCGGAAUGUCGGCUUCCUCGACGGCCUCGUCUGAGCUAGUGCGACAAGCGUCGACGUCGGCGAUGCGGGAUAUUGCGUUCUACACGGCGUACGCAGAUGUCAAGAAUUGUCUCCUCGACCAUGCAGACUACAUCUUGGGAUCGGCAUGCCAAAGACUCAUCAGCGGACUGGACGAAGAGCUGCGAACCAUCGCACUGGCCGACCUUCCAACAGCGCCCUCCUCCCCGUCGACGACGCUCAGCAGAGGGGCGGUGCGGGAAAAGGUGGUGCUCCCGCUAGUGUCUGCGCAGCGUGCGCCGUUUGUGCUGGUGGAGAUGAUCCGCGUGCUGGGCUCGGAGAUCAUUCCAAUGGUGGAAGAUGCGAUUGACGAGAUCCUUGAUGCUCUGGACCGGUUUCACCACCAUGCAACGAUUUGCGACGGCCUGCUUGCGGUGCUCGAUUCGGUUCUCGAGACCAUGGCUGUAGAGCAAGCGUCGAGACCUGUGGGGCGUGGGUCGAAUACGCUGGAUCAGGUCGCUGCUGUCGCUCACGAGCGCAGCAGGGACGAGCUGGAUAUGUUCAAAGCAUGGCUUGCGGCGCGUCGUCACGAGCAGCCCGCAUUCGAUAACGCAGCUCAUGACGGCGAAGGCACAGUCGAUCCAGAGGAAAAGGACGACAAGCCGACAAAGAGCCAGCAAGUGGCGACACAGAUCCUCUCCAAAGCCGCCGUCUUCCUCACGCAUCCCUCUCCCAACUUGCGAUUCCGCGUGCUCGGUCUGCUGCGACACGGCAUCCAAACCCUCGCCCCUCAAGCGCGCACCGCUGAGCUGCUACCCGUCAUCAACAGCGCGUGGCCCUUCGUAAUGACGCGUCUCGGCACAGCCUACUCGAACGCCAAAGGUUCGCGCUCGAGCCAACUGGUGCCCAUCAUCGAUCUUGCUCCCGCGGCGGUAGGCACGAGGAGCCGCGAGAGGGACGAGGCGUGGUACCGAAAGGCGGAGGCGGGGUUGGCGGAGAGAGAUCCGCAGGUGUGGGUGGCAGCGGCGAGGUUUGUGGAGGCGGCGGUGGAGCAUGUACCGGAGUUUGUGGGGAAGCGGGUGGUGGAGGAGGCGUGGCCACGGUUUGAGAUGCUGCUGACGCUGAUGCGGUGGAAGUUUGAUCCGAGGAUGACGAGAUGGGAUAACGGCGCUCAGCGAGCACCUGUUGCAGGCACAGUUGAAAGCAAGGUGCUGCUCGAUUCUGAAAGCACUUCGACGGACGGAGCGAUCCAUAAACUCGUUGCAUCCGACCCGCACCGAACCGCACACCUCAAACGCCCCACUCCCACAUCUCACGCCCACAUGGAUCCCCCCUUCAUUCUCCCCUCAGCCAGCAGCGUUCCUGGCCAGCUGACGCUGUGCAUCCUCAUCACGCUCGCCGCCGUUGUCCGCUUUCUCGCCGCCCGCAUGCCCGACGAUGCCGCAUGGAACAUCACGACCCACCCCAGCCUCUUGGGCCUGUUGGACGCGCGACAGCCGCCUGCUGUGCUCAAGGCGGCCGAGGAGCUGUAUAUCGAGUUGGGCAGACGUAAUCCCGAGGCGACGGCGUGGGCACUUCAGGCUGCGUUGCCGGCAGCUGCAACGGGUGGAGAGGCAGCGACGCCGUACUUCAUGAAUCACGGACGUUUCAAGGUUCAUGCGGAAACAGUGCAUCACGUUCUGUCCUGCCUCACAUGA